UAAUCAAAUCAAGCUACUUACCUAAAUUAUAUAUGGGGUUAUCAUUAUUUUUCUUCUCAUUUCGAUGCUUAAUUCUUUGGCUUUUACUCCUUUACUUUUCAGUACUUGCUCACUUCACUUGUUGUGUGCAAUCACUCUGCCGUGAUGAUGAGCGCUCUGCCUUAUUACAGUUCAAGGGAACCAUGAUUAUCAAUAAGUUUGCAUCUUCUGAACCUUCUGUUUAUCCUAAGGUUGCAUCUUGGAAAGUCGAUAAAGAUUGCUGCCUAUGGGAUGGAGUCACCUGCAAUGAGGUUACUGGUCAUUUGGUCAAGCUCGACCUCGCUAGUAGUUGUCUUUAUGGUUCUAUCAACUCUAGCAGUAGUCUCUUCCAUCUUGUCCACCUUACAUGGCUUAGCUUGGAUGAUAAUGACUUCAAUGGCUCCAAAAUCCCUUCCGCAAUCAAGAACCUUUCUAGGUUAUCAUAUUUGAGCCUUUAUAAUUCUAAUUUUUCUGGUCAAAUACCAUCGGAAGUCCUAGAGCUUUCAAAGUUGGAGACCCUUGACACAACGUUUAAUUUUAACUUGGAGCUCCAAAAUCCAAGUUUAAGAAGCCUAGUUGAGAAGUUAACUCAACUCAAAGUCCUAUAUCUUGGUCACAUCAACAUUUCUUCAUCAGUACCUGAUAUCUUAGCAAAUUUAUCUUCGUUGACUAAGUUAUCUCUCAAGGGUUGCCAUUUGAAAGGUGAAUUCCCUGCAAAGAUAUUCCAAUUACCUAACCUUCGCAUGCUCAGUGUGCGUUUUAAUCCAGAUCUCUUUGGAUCCUUGCCAGAAUUUCAAAACAACAACCACCUUGAAGAAUUGAGAGUUGCGAGCACAUCGUUUUAUGGUAAGAUUCCACAUUCAAUAGGGAAUCUUAGUUCCUUACAGACCUUGGAUAUAAGUUCUUGCAGUUUUUCGGGAUUGAUUCCGCCUUCACUUGGUAAUCUUACCAAGAUCACUUAUCUUGGCUUAGCUAACAAUACAUUUUCUGGUGAGUUGCCAAUUGCCCUUGGAAAUCUUUCUUCUUUGGAAGGACUAGACCUUUUUGAGAACGAUUUUUCAAGCCAUGAUUUUCGUUCAUUGUCAUGGAUGGCCAGGUAUAGUAAACUUACUUCAUUAAGCCUUUCAGCGACCAACUUAGUUGGUGAAAUUCCCUCUUGGCUUAUGAGCUUAACAACCCUUACUAUUUUACAUUUGAGCACAAAUGGGUUAAAUGGUUCAAUCCCUUCUCAAAUUAGAAACUUGACACAAUUGAAGGAACUUGCACUUAACUCAAAUCAAUUGCAAGGGCCAUUUCCUAGCGGUCUUUACUACCUCCAGAACCUUGAUUUGCUUUAUCUUGAUUCAAACAAUUUGAGUGGCACAGUGGAUUUGGGCAUGAUUGCCUCUAAACUCAUAAAUUUAGAAAAUUUCAGUCUCUCUUCAAACAAAUUUUCAUUGCUCACUAAUACCAAUGGUGAUACUAAAUUUCCAAAACUUAGACGACUUGGAUUGGGGUACUGCAACCUUAAUAAGUUCCCAAGCUUCCUGCAGAACCAACAUCAAUUGGUGGACCUAAACCUUAACUCGAACAAGAUUGCUGGCAAAGUACCUAGAUGGUUUUUAAACGUAAGCGUGGAUUCAUUGCAAAACUUGAACCUUGCGAACAAUCUUUUAACUGGCUUUGACUGACUUCAUGUGUUGUGUUUCUUUCAUGUUCUUCCCAAGUCUUAUUAUUCUUAAAUAAGUUGCAAGGGCAACUCCCAAUUUCGCCAUUAUUGUCCACAUAGUUAUCGACAGAAGAAUUUCUUCCAUGGUGUAGAUUAUUGGAACUUUGAAUGUGUUUUUGUUAAAGUUUAGUGAAGAUACAUAUUUCUUAUGGAAGAAUUGUAUUUUUUGUCUAA